AUGUUUAUACCACUUGUAAACAUUAGCCGGUCGUUGACGACUGUCGCGAGGACCAAGCGGCGUGUUGUCGUGACAGGAAUAGGAGUUGUAUGCCCGUUGGGAGUCGGGACGCGAAAUGCCUGGGAAGCUCUCAUCGAUUCUAAAUGCGGAAUUACAAAGCUUACCGAACCGGAUUACGGUAAAUUACCGUGUAAAAUAGCUGCAUUGGUGCCGAAGGGAAAUGCUCCUCAUGAACUUAACAUUGACUCUCACUUUACGAAAAGUGAGUUACGCACAAUGUGUCCUGCCACUGCAUACGCACUGAUAGCUUCGGAAGAGGCACUCUUGGAUGCCAAGUGGACACCAGACAAUGAAAACGAUAAACGUGAUACUGGAGUCUCAGUGGGUAUUGGCAUGAUAGAUCUGGUAGAUGUAUGCAUGACAUACGAAGCCUUGAAGAAAGGAUACAGCAAAAUAAGUCCUUUCUUUGUACCAAGAAUAUUACCGAAUAUGGCAGCUGGUCAGAUCAGCAUCAAGUACGGCUUCCGUGGACCAAAUCAUGCUGUGUCGACUGCGUGUGCAACAGGAGCGCAUGCUAUUGGGGACGCAUUCCGCUUCAUCCGCGGGGGCGAGACAAGCGUGAUGGUAUGCGGUGGUGCAGAAGCAUGCGUCAGCCCGUUGGCGAUUGCCGCGUUCUGCCGUCUACGUGCGCUGAGCACGUCGAGGAACGACACGCCUCAGGAAGCAUCACGACCAUUCGACCGGGAUCGCGACGGUUUCGUGAUGGGCGAAGGCGCCGCGAUACUAGUUCUGGAGGAGCUGAAUCACGCGCUCGCUCGGGGCGUGCCCAUCUACGCGGAGGUGCUGGGCUACGGUUUGUCUGGCGAUGCGUCUCACAUAACGGCACCCAGCGAGGAUGGCAUUGGCGCGUUGCUGGCGAUGGACCGGACGGUGAAGGACGCUGGCAUCGAGAGCUCGGAAGUGACAUUCAUAAACGCACAUGCCACGUCUACGCCGUUGGGCGAUACGAUCGAGGUGAAGGCGAUCGAGUCGCUGAUGGGCGACCACAGCAAGAAUGUGACGGUGACGAGCACCAAGGGUGCGCAUGGUCACUUGUUAGGUGCCGCGGGUAAUCUUGAGGCAGUCUUCACGGUCCUGGCGAUCAAGGAGGGUGUGAUACCACCCACGUUGAAUCUGUACAACCUGGACAUGGAGACGCGCUUGAACUUUGUACCGCAUACGAAGGUAAAGUGGAGUGCGACGACUCGUCGAACGGCUCUGAAAAAUGCCUUUGGCUUCGGUGGGACUAAUGCGUGCUUGUGCUUCACGCAAUACGUCGAUUGAAUAGGUUUUUGAAAAUUCCUACAAUUAUAAUAUGCUGAGAGACAGAAUUCAUUAUUUUUUUUAAGCGCAAUCAAUUGAAGUAUACAAGUAUACAAAAGAAUAAAUUCGUAAGAGACAGUUUCUUCCCUAGUGUUGAUACAGAAAGGACACUAUUCUAUUAAAAUAUGUAUAUACAUACCUGAAACAAGAGCAAUGAAUUCGGUGAUGAAUUAAACCUCGCAACUGAUUACCAGUGUUGAGCAGUUUAAAUAUUUUUAAUAACUUUUAUGCAACAUACAAUAUAUGUAAAUAUGAUUUACGAUAAUAAUCCUUUU